UGCAUGUUUAUGUGUGUGUUGCUGGCUACACAUGCUAUUUAAGUUUCAAUGAAAUUUGAGUCAUAGAAAUUUUUUGUUUUUUUCUUUAGAAAAAUCCUGCAAAAAUGUCUCUGUACCCGUCUCUUGAAGACCUGAAGGUAGACAAGGUGAUCCAGGCUCAAACUGCCUUUUCUGCAAACCCUGCCAACCCAGCAAUUUUGUCUGAGGCUUCGGCUCCCAUCUCUCAGGAUGGAAAUCUCUAUCCUAAACUGUAUCCUGAGCUCUCUCAGUACAUGGGCCUGAGUUUAAAUGAAGAAGAAAUACGUGCAAAUAUGGGCAUGGUCCCUGGAGCACCAGUUCAGGGGCAGUUGGUAGCAAGACCUUCCAGUAUGAACUAUAUGGUGGCUCCUAUAACUGGUAAUGAUGCUGGAAUCCGUAGAGCAGAAAUUAAGCAAGGGAUUCGUGAAGUCAUUUUGUGUAAGGAUCAAGAUGGAAAAAUUGGGCUCAGGCUUAAAUCAAUAGAUAACGGGGUAUUUGUUCAGCUGGUCCAGGCCAAUUCUCCAGCCUCGCUGGUUGGUCUGAGAUUUGGGGACCAGGUGCUCCAGAUCAACGGGGAGAACUGUGCAGGCUGGAGCUCCGACAGGGCACACAAGGUGCUCCGACAGGCCUUCGGAGAGAAGGUGACCAUGACCAUUCGUGACAGGCCCUUUGAACGGACAGUCACCAUGCAUAAGGACAGCACUGGGCAUGUUGGCUUUAUCUUCAAAAACGGGAAGAUAACGUCUAUCGUGAAAGACAGUUCUGCAGCCAGAAACGGGCUUCUCACGGAGCACAACGUCUGCGAGGUCAACGGGCAGAACGUCAUCGGGCUGAAGGACUCUCAAAUUGCAGACAUACUGUCGACAGCUGGGAAUGUAGUUACCAUUACCAUCAUGCCUGCUUUUAUCUUUGAACAUAUUAUUAAACGGAUGGCCCCGAGCAUCAUGAAGAGCCUGAUGGACCACACCAUCCCUGAGGUGUAAGGGUCACGGCACAGCGGCACUCACGCAACGUCUCCAGUUCACUUCCUCGGCAACUUAACUUCACAUUAUGCACACGAAGCUUUCUAGGAGCCAGAGAGCACAUGCUGCAUGAGGACCUCCUGUCUUACAGUAGGGCUGGGAAUCUUGCAGCUUGAUCCGGUAUCUUGUUCAGACUCAAGAUAGUUGUAGCCUUAUCCUGGUUUUAGCGAUGUGAAAACUUUGAAGAUUUGCUGGCUUUUGUAGACUAGUGUCUUUCCUGGAAGCCUGGGCUGAGGAUGACCGAUGCAGGCCCAGCUCUGUGUGAGAACCAAUCACCUUUACCUUAGGAGCGAGUAGCGCUGUUCACGUGACUUCAGUUCUGUGAACACCUGCAUCUUCACUGCGUUACCAUAGCACAUUUAGAGUGAUUACCUUUCUUUGUAAGUUCUGUGUGUAAAACACCAAUUAAGAAUCACUUGUUUCAUUCCAGGUCAGCAUUACACAGUGUUCGUAAGCUUGCAAGAGAGAGUGUUGAUUAUUAAAUUUUAACUACCUUCACUUAAUAUGCUUGAACUGUCGCCUUAACUACGUUAAACAUUUAGAAUAAAAGCCAAAAUGUAACUAUUGCUGCCUUUCUGAAGGCCACGUGCAGCUCUGCGUUCCGCUGAGAUGCACACGUGCCCCGUGCAGCGCACCGGGGACUUUCUAGCCGUUGUGUAAUGCACUUCUUCCUUCUAAGAGUUACUGCUAUCACUUUCUGAGAAACGAAUCACGAAUCACCAUGUAUUUAAUGUAAAAAGUCUUGUACUAAAUGGACAAACUUUGAUUCCCUUUUUUCGUUAGUAGAUUAAGUGGGAUAGUGCCUGGUUGUUGCAGUUCCACGUAACCUGUGACCGAGCUGCUUUGUGCUGGUCUUAAGAGUGUUUUCCUGGUAAUUUGUUCCAUUUCCUGACCCCUCCCUGCAAACAGAAUGACAGUGACACUGUAUCCUGAUUUUUCCCCUUCUUUUUGGUUUAUGCCUAUUCUAUUUUAAUUAAAAAUGUAUAAAU